AUGAAGAGGAUCUGGAAGAUCCUGCGUCGGCGGAACGUGGGGGUUCGGUCUGUGCCCUGUGAGAGCACGAGUGGCCAUGAACUCUGCCCAGAGGGACAAGACAAACUGCCGCCUGUGGAUGCCGGCAGCACCUCGGCCCAGGAGCAGCCCCUGGUGAAGAAGCCGGACACCAACUGGCACCACACAGCCAACAGAGCUUCUGGCUUUGGGCAGCAUGAACCCAGUCCCUCCAUGUAUGGACCUUCUGGAGUCGGGCAACGUGAACCCAGUCCCACCACGUCUGAAUCUUCUGGAGUCGGGCAACGUGAACCCAGUCCCUCCACAUCUGGACCUCCUGGGGUCAGGCAGGUGAGCAAAGCUGGAAGAAGAGAAAGAAAACUGGAGAAGGAGGCGGGAGAGCUGAGAAAAGCCCUGCAGGAAAAAACAACGGCUUUAGAGAAGGCAGACGCUGAAUUACAUGAGGCCCAGAGGCAGAUAGUGGAGCUGCGUGCUCUGCAGCUGAAGGAAGAACAGAGGAGCAAAGACACCAUCAGGAAGGUUGAAAGGCUGCAGAAACAACUGUCCCAGCUCCAAAGGGAAAAUCGUUCCCUCCGUGAGCAGUUGGCAGAGAUGGAGAAGAUCGGCAGAGAGCGAAUGAGAGCGGUCAGCGUCACUUACUGGAGGCAAACAGCAUCACCAGUGCUGCCCAACCUUCAUCUUCCUCGCACCCGCACCUGGGAGAAGAAGCACAGCAGCGCCGCCUUGCAGACUUUGUCCCUCCAAAAUCAGCUCAAAUGGAAUGAGAAAAACAUACCGUGGAAAUUUUUAUGAGGGACUUGUGGGAGCGGUGUUGACAUUUUUAGUAAGGUAUAAAUAUGAGCUUGUAACA